GCCAGUGUUUUCGUGUGCCGCGCUGCGAGUGCUGCUGCAGGGUGCUGUGAGGGGGCCAUGGGCGAUCUGGGAAGCCACGACAUGGAUGCAGUGACCUAUAAUGAUGUGCAUGUUGACUUCACCUGGGAAGAGUGGUCUUUGCUGGAUCCUUCCCAGAAGAAUCUAUACAAAGAUGUGAUGCUGGAGACCUACAUCAACCUCACCGCUAUAGGCUACAAAUGGGAAGAUCACAAUAUUGAAGAACAUUGUCAAAGUUCUCGAAGACGUGGAAGGCAUGAAAGAAGUCAUACGGGAGAGAAACCCUCUGUAUAUACUCAAUAUGUUGAAGCCUUUGCCUAUCAAAGUCAUCUUCAAAGUCAUAAAAGAAUUCAUACUGGAGAGAAACCCUAUGAAGAUAUCCAAUAUGAUGAAGCCUUUACAUGUCAUAGUCGUCUCCAAAUACAUAAAGGAACACAUACUGGAGAGAAAUCCUGUGAAUGUAAUCAGUGCAUUAAAAGAUUUGCAUGUCACAGUCAUCUUCAAAUACAUAAAAAAACACAUACUGGAGAGAAACCCUAUGAAUGCAACCAGUGUGGUAAAACUUUUGCACGUCAAAGUUGUCUCCAAAUACAUAAAAGAACACAUACUGGAGAGAAACCCUAUGAAUGUACUCAAUGUGGUAAAACCUUUGCACAUCCAAGUAAUCUCCAAGUACAUAAAAGAACACAUACUGGAGACAAACCCUAUGAAUGUAAUGAAUGUGAUAAAGCCUUUAUAUGUCAAAGCCGUCUCCGAAUCCAUAAAAGAACACAUACAGGAGAGAAACCGUAUGAAUGUAAUCAAUGUGGUAAAGCAUUUGCGUGUCAUAGUUAUCUUCAAAUCCAUAAAAGAACACAUACUGGAGAGAAACCCUAUGAAUGUAAUCAGUGUGGUAAAGGCUUUACAUCUCCCAGUUAUCUUCAUAUUCAUGAAAGAACACAUACCGGAGAGAAACCUUAUGAAUGUAAUCAAUGUGGUAAAGGCUUUACAUGUCACAGUCAACUUCAAAAUCAUGAAAGAACACAUACUGGAGAGAAACCAUAUGAAUGUAAUCAAUGUGGUAAAGCAUUUGCAUGUCAUAGUCAUCUUCAAAUGCAUAAAAGAACACAUACUGGAGAGAAACCCUAUGAAUGUAAUCAGUGUGGUAAAGCCUUUGCACAACACAAUCAUCUUCAAAGGCAUAGAAGAACACAUACUGGAGAAAAGCCCUAUGAAUGUAAUCAAUGUGGUAAAGCCUUUGCAUCUCAAAGUAAUCUCCAAAUACAUAAAAGAACACAUACUGGAGAGAAACCCUAUGAAUGUAAUCAGUGUGGUAAAGCUUUUGCACUUCAGAGUCAUUAUCGAAGUCAUGAAAGGACACAUACUGGGGAAAAACCCUAUGAAUGUAAUCAAUGUGGUAAAGCUUUUGCACAUCAGUUUCAUUAUCGAAGGCAUGAAAGAACACAUACUGGAGAGAAACCUUAUGAAUGUAAUCAUUGUGGUAAAGCUUUUGCACGUCAGUGUAGUCUCCAAAUACAUAAAAGAACACAUACUGGAGAGAAACCCUAUGAAUGUAAUCAAUGUGGUAAAGCCUUCACUUGUCAAAGUAGUCUCCAAAUACAUAAAAGAAUACAUACUAGAGAGAAACCCUAUGAAUGUAGUCAAUGUGGUAAAGCUUUUUCACAACACAGUAGUCUUAAAAUACAUAAAAGAACACAUACUGGAGAUAAAUCCAACAUAUGUAAUCAAUGUGAUAAAGCCUUUGUAUCAGAAACCUUUGAAAACAUAAGAAAAAAAUCAUACUGCAGAGAAACCACUUAAAUAUAAUCAGUGUUGCAAAGUUUUGCAAGUCAUGGUAGUCUUUAUACAAGAGUAAAAAUUUAGUGUGUAAUUUGUCUGUUAAAACCCCUGAACAUAAAAUUAGACUUUAGGAUUCAGACAAAGUUGGAGGUGGGUCUUGUAUUGAUCUGUUGCUUUCAUUGGUUAAUUAAUAAAGAAACUGCUUGGCCUUUGAUAGGACAGAAAAUUAGGUAGGUGGAGUAAACAGAACAGAAUGCUGUGAGAAAGAAGCCGAGUCAAGCAGUCACCAUGAUUCUCCCACUCCAGACAGACGCAGGUUAAGAUCUUUCCUGGUAAGCCAAUUCAUUGUGCUACACAGAAUAUUAGAAAUGAGUUAGAUCAAUAUGUAAGAGCUAGCCAAUAAGAGGUUAGAACUAAUGAGCCAGAAAGUAUUUAAAAGAAUACAAUUUCCAUGUGAUUAUUUUGGGGCAUAAGCCAUGCGGGCGGCCGGGUGCCGGGGACACAGCCCCACCGCUCUUAUUACAACAGACAAAACUCAUACUGAAGGUACUCUGAAUAUAAGUGAUUUGGUAAGAUCUUUAGCCAAUACAUUUACAUUCAGUUACACAAGAUUAUUUAUUCCAGAGGAAAAAACUGAAAAUAUAAGCAAUGUGUUCAAGCAUUAUGAUAUUCCUCUUUAUUUUGUUUACACAUGAAGACUCACAUGGACAAAAGACCUAUGAAUUUAAAUAAUAAGAUAACCCUUUUAGAUUUUGUAUUUCUCUUUAAUUACAUGAGAUAAUGAAUCCAGGUAUAAAACUUAAUGGAUGUGUAUUAGUGCCUUUUCUGUUGCUGUGAUAAAACUUCAUGUCUAAGUGAACUUAUAGAGUUUUAAUUUGGCCUUAGUUCAAGAGUGUUACAGGAUUGCUGUGAAGGUGGCAUGGAAACGUGUCAGACAUGACAACUAAGGUGGGAAAGUAAGAAUUCACAUCCUUAAUCUGCAGCAUGAAGCAGAAAGUAUAAACUGAAUAUGAUGUGUAGAUAUAAACUCUUAGGUCAAUGCCCAGUGAUAAAGCAGCAUUGCCUAAAUCUUCCCUAUAAUACCACAGACUGAGAAUGAUUGAUUUCUCUGACUUCAAGCCUACAUGCUUACUUUCUGUUACAUGAACCAGUUCAUGAUGGAGAAAUAUUCUGUAAGCCUUUAGGUGUCUCAACACCUAUAUGUUACAGGAAUUACAAGAGAAAACAUUCGUAAGUGAAACUUAAAGAUUUGUUUUAAUUUUAAUUUUGCUAUGGCAGUGUGUCUUGGUAUGGUAUUGCAUUCUGGGUCCCAAGAAGGUUAGACCUUUAGGGCUUCUUGUAGCAGGAAUUACUGGAAGUUGUCAAAAACCUAACCAUGGUGCUGGGAAUGGACUUGUAUUAAAACCUCAUCCAUGUGUCUAGCCCUGUAAAUAUUUUAAAGUUUUUCUUUUUCACAUUGAUAUCCUUAAGUUGGGGGGAACUCAUACAAUAGAAAAGCUCUAUUCAUGUAAAUGAUUUGGUAAAAAUUUUAGACAUCACAAUUGUCUUCAGUUUCAAGAAAACAAAACUUGUCUUAUCUCUUUUUCAUUGUAACCUUGAAGUAAAUAAAUUAUUAACUAAGUUCAUUAAAGACUAUUGUGUCACUUUGUGACUUCUGUUUUGCAACAUUUGAAGUAGAUAUUAAAGUGUACUGUAUGUGUGGCAAAUCCAUUUAGUGAAGUUUAUUUUGUGGCCCUUAUAAUCCUUCUGUGGCUUUUGUUAAUCUUCUAUUGUGCUUUCACAGUGAGAGAAAUUUUCUGCUGCAAUGUAUAGAAUGAGAUGGCCAUCUUAUAAGUGAUCCAUUUUUGUUUAAAUAUCAGGCAGUGUGUGAUCAUACUUUUCAAGUAAGGGUGUCUGUGAAAGGGUGUUGGGGUUUUGUUCCUGGUAUUAUUUUUCACAUUUUUUUGUCACAGAUUCUCUUGAAAUGUUGUUUGUUAUGCAUUCUGGCUUGGAUGUCAGUAAUUAGGCAGGGAUACAUUUGAACUCGUGAUCUUCAUGUGUCAGUCUCCUAAGUACAAGUUUAAGGGGAGAUGAUA